AUGGCUUUGUUUUACAACAUAAAGGUAGUGACCACUUUUUUGUUUGCUUCACUUUUCUUUGGCUAUGGUGUAAUUGAGCUCCAAGCCUCCCACCAUGUCUCCAACCACCUUCAAGAUGUUGCGACUUCUCAAUCUCUUUUUUCAGAUGAUCAGCCUUACCGAACUGCCUACCAUUUUCAACCCUUAAAAAAUUGGAUGAACGAUCCGUGUGGCCCAAUGAUAUACAAAGGAAUUUAUCACCUAUUUUAUCAAUACAACCCAAUAGGUAAUGGAUCACCAGAUGGUCCUCGAGUAUGGGGCCAUUCAACAUCAUUAGAUCUAAUCAAUUGGACUCCACAACCAUUAACUCUCCUACCACAAUUGGAAGCCAACAUGAAUAGUAGUUGGACUGGAUCAAUCACUAUACUUCAAGAUUAUAAACCUGCAAUUCUAUUUACUGGAAUCACUCCAAAAAAUGAACAAGUUCAAGAUUUGGCAUUUCCUAAAGAUUUAUCUGACCCAUAUUUAAGAGAAUGGAUUUUAGUACCUCAAAAUCCAGUUAUGUCUCCAACCCAAGAAAAUAAAAUAAAUGCCACCUCAUUUAGGGACCCGACGACGGCUUGGUGGUUGCCAGAUGGCAAUUGGAGAGUGGUUAUUGGAAGCAAAAUAGAAAGGCGUGGUUUGGCUUUAUUAUUUAGAAGUAAAGAUUUUAUUAAUUGGGUUCAAGUUGAUCAUCCGUUAUAUUCAUAUGAACUUACGGGUAUGUGGGAGUGUCCAGAUUUUUUCCCGGUUAAUGUUAAUGGAAUUCCAAUUGGUGUUGAAACUUCUGCAAUUGGUCCUAAUGUUAAGCAUGUGCUUAAGCUUAGUUUGGAUGAUACUAAGCAUGAUAUUUACACAAUUGGGACGUAUGAUGCUUUCAAGGAUGCUUACAUUCCUGAUGUGGGUUUUCAGAAUGACUCGAGUUUGAGGUAUGAUUAUGGGAAAUAUUAUGCUUCUAAAACGUUUUAUGAUAGUUCAAAGAUGCAAAGGUUAUUGCUCAGUUGGGUUAAUGAGUCAUCGAGUUUGGCUGAUGAUAUUAAGAAGGGAUGGUCCGGAAUUCAUGCUGUUCCAAGAAGAGUUUGGCUUGACAUAUCAGGGAAGCAGUUAAUUCAAUGGCCAAUUCCAGAAAUUGAAAGCUUGAGAAUAAAUCCAGUAAUUUUACCUAUUCAACUAAUCAAAGGAGGAUCAGUAAUUGAGAUUCCCGGCAUUAGUGCUGCACAAGCAGAUGUAGAAUUGUCAUUUGGGCUUAGAGAUUUGUCGAACAUUGAGAAGUUUGAAGCAAGUUGGACCAACCCACAAUUGCUUUGCAGCCAAAAGGGAGCCUCAGUCAGUGGUGGGCUUGGCCCAUUUGGGUUACUCACUUUAGCUUCAGUGGGCCUUGAAGAAUAUACAGCAGUUUUCUUCAGAAUUUUCAAAGACUAUGACAAUGAUAAAUUUGUUGUUUUAAUGUGCAUUGAUCAGAGCAGGUCUUCUUUGAAUCCAACAACAGACAAGACAACAUAUGGAACUUUUGUGAAUGUGAAUCCUAUUUAUGAAGGGUUGUCUUUAAGAAUUUUGAUUGAUCACUCUGUAAUAGAAAGCUUUGGAGGGAAAGGUAAAAAUGUGAUUACCGCAAGGGUGUAUCCCACAUUGGCAACGAAUGAUAAGGCCCGUCUCUAUGCCUUUAACUACGGGAGAGGGAGCGUUCAAAUUACCUGGUUAACUGCUUGGUCUAUGAAGAAAGCUAAUAUCGCUUAGUCCAAGUCCUGAUUACACCAUAUAAGAGUGUUAAAUGAUGUAUGUAAUAAGUUUCAUACUAGCUUUGCGAGGUGCUAGUAUUGGAGUAAUGUGGUCCAAAUGGUGAUUGCAUAAGAUGUGCUAAUUUACCUUGAUA